AUGAGGAAAAUCUUCAAAUUGGCGGACAAAGAAAUAAUAUUUGGACACAAAAUUUGCCAGACCCAUGAAGCUAAGUACCUUUGCAUAGAAGAACUAUAUCAGAAAUUUUACAGACCCAAUUGUUACGAUAUUGGAGGAACAUAUAUAAAUGACGUCCCGGAUUUUUGGUUUAUAUACAAAACUGAAAUUAUAGGAAAGCUAUUUCUUUUCCAUUUAUACGUUACCAAGCGCCAGGCUUGUUCAUUUAUUGUCUCUGUUAGCUGCACCAGUGACAUAAUUUGUGCACCAAAGCAAAAUGCAGCAUUCUUACCAUCUAAACUUGAAAAUUUCCCAUUUAAUGGCCUUAAUACUCAAGGAUAUGUCACGACAUAUAGUUUUACCGAAGUCGAUGUUGAUAUACUGAAAGGAAAGAAAUUGUAUAUACCAGUUUCAUUUAGUAUGGAUAAACCUCUCAGUGAACUCGCUGAGACUAUGAAAGAAAACCACAACUAUAAAUAUCUGUUACACGACCCUGUCGGCUCUGAUUUUGUUAUUGAAUCAGCAGAUGGAUACAAAUUUAAUGUGCAUCGAAGCCUACUCUGUGCAAAUAGUGAAGUUUUUAGGGCUAUGUUAAAAGAUGAAACAGCUGAGAGUAUGAAUGGCUAUGUUAAGAUGGUUGAUAUAAAUAAAGAUGACCUUAAAGACAUCAUUGAAUUUAUGUACACAGGAACAAUAGAGAAUUUGUUGGACUGCAACUUCUAUAAUAUCUUCAUACUGUGCAACCAAUACGAUCUACAAGGGUUGAAAGAAUUAGCAGAGAGUGCAUUAAUAUUUCAGAUCAAUGAUGACAAUGUUAUUGAAACUCUAUCCUUGGCAGAUCUUCACAACUCAGAAGCAGUCAAACUGGCAGCCAUGAAAUAUAUCAAAAUGAACAAAAUAUUAGUUAACUCUGAUGUACUGGAUGAAUUGAAUAAUGUAGAACUUGUCAAAGAGAUUUGCGAAUUCCUUUUGAUAUGA